AUGGGAUUAAUCACCGGCCUCUUCGCAUUUUUCUUCAACCUGCCACAGAUUUAUAAAUGGCUCUUAAAGCCAUAUUAUUUGCUGUCAUUUCUUCUGUCUGUUGCUUUCCUUGCUGUGCGGAAAUGCCCUGGUGUGUGUGAGCACUUACCCUCUCAGAGAGAAGACGGAGACUCCUGCAGCUUUGACUGGAGGGAGGUGGAGAUCCUCAUGUUCCUCAGUGCUAUUGUCAUGAUGAAGAACCGCAGAGCGAUAACUCUGGAGCAGCAUUUUGGAAAUAUUUUCCUCUUCAGUAAGGUGGCAAACUUGGUGCUGUUCUUCAGAGUGGACCUGAGAUUUGGCCUCCUCUACAUCACACUGUGUGUCGUGUUCCUGAUCACAUGUAAACCUCCCAUCUACAUGGGUCCGGAACACAUCACAUACUUCAAUGACAAAACCAUAGAUGAAGAACUGGAGAGGGACAGUCGAGUAACGUGGCUUGUCGAGUUCUAUGCCAACUGGUCCUCAGAGUGUCAGUGUUUUGCACCUGUUUUUGCCAAUCUCUCGCUGAAGUAUAACUGUGCUGGACUCAAAUUUGGAAAAAUAGACAUAGGACAAUAUGCAGGUGCUGCUGAGAGGUAUAAAGUAAGUCUCUCGCUGCUCUCCAAGCAACUGCCGUCUCUGCUGCUGCUGCAGGGCGGCCGUGAAUUUACGCGUCGUCCCCAAGUGGAUAAGAAGGGAAGAGCUGUGAGCUGGAACUUCACAGAGGAAAAUAUCAUCCGCGAGUUCAACUUGAAUGAAAUACUUGAGAAAUGUAAAAAGCUUGGCAAGGGCCGGAGUGAGAAGAUAGAGGAUCUCCGACAAGAACAAGCUGAUGGAGAUCAACCACUGAUGGAGGAGUCGGAGAGCAAAAAAGACAGAUAA